CCAUGGCUCUCCUCGUCCGAGCACCGUCGCUGCUCCACCUCCAUCCUCUCCCCAUCUCGGCGGGCGCCUUCCUCCUCCCUCAAACCACGCCCAGACCCACGCUCCACCGCCGCCCCCUCGCCGCCCGGGUCCGCGCCGCCAACUCCGACCCUCCGCAGCAGGUCAACCUCUCCGUCCUCCGCUUCACCCUCGGGAUCCCCGGGCUGGACGAGUCGUACCUCCCGCGCUGGAUAGGCCUCGGCUUCGGCGCCCUCGUCCUCCUCAACCACCUCCUCUCGCCGUCCCCGACCCCCGCGCAGCUCAGGUCGGAGGCUCUGGGGCUGUGCCUGGCCGCGUUCUCGGCGGCGCUGCCGUACCUCGGGAGGUUCCUAGAGGGUGCGGGUGCCGCAGGCCGUGUGCCGUUGCAGGAGGGGAGCAGGCAGGUGUUUGUGAUUCCUGGUGAUCUUUCGGCGGCGCAGAAGGAGGAUAUGGCCUGGGCGACGUAUGUUCUGCUGCAGAACACGAACACCACGUCUGUGCUCAUAGCGGUUGGUGAUGUGUUGUGCAUACGUGGAUACUGGGAUCCUCCUGCCGAUAUCCCCAAGAAUGCCAUGAUUGAGUGGUUCAAGGGUCAGAUGGAGCAAGCUGGACUCGUUAAUCUGAGUAGCGCUUUGUACCUUCCUAGUUUUUCUGACACUCAGCUUGGGAAGAUCCUGCCACAAGGAAUUCUUUCUGUGUUGGCACAACCAAUUGUGAGCAAUGCUAAUCCAGCUAGCGGUGAAACAAAAGCUGAAGGUGUCAUCCUGUUGGCCUCCAACGCAAGUUAUGCAUAUAGUGAGAAAGAUAGGGUUUGGAUAAGAGCAGUUGCAAAUAAAUUUCGACAUGCGUAGCUCAGUGAUGACCAAGCUGGAUAUCAACAAAUGUUUUUGUUCUCUUGGUGGAAGGAUGGCUCAAAUGGAUGAUAGGCAAAUAGCUACACCCCUUGCCGCUGAAAGGUCUGAAUGAGCAGUUUGCAAACCAGAAUAUAUUGGUCACUGGAUCUUUUCAAUGCCAUUACACGUCGAACAUCACAUUAACCAUUCGUUUCCCAGCUGAAGCGUGGUUUGAGUUAGAUCAUGGAUGGUUCACGUCAGACGUUCCCGUGACCUGAUCUGCCUUGUUCUCUUGUGAACUCAUCAACUAUGUGGCUCCAAAUCGCUUGCCCUAGAGCCUCAGUUGCGUAUCCUUCUGAGACGUCUCACAGGAGCCCUCUGCUAUGUUCUCAAUGUUCAAAAUGCAUCUAAUAUGUUGUCUCAUGCGGUGUUGUUUAAUGCAC